UGCCCCCCUGGUGGGGGCGGCCGCGGGGACUAACGCGGCACCGCCACUGCGGGGGCGACCAGAGGGCGCUGCCGGGUUCCCGCCUGCAGCUGGCCACUGUGCGGGAGCCCCGAGAACCCUAUCCGCAGGGGAUUUGGCGCAGGGGAGCAGGAUUCAUCCGGGAAGGAAACAUCUGGUGGGGAGGCGGUGGCAACUGCGAUCAGGAGGCUGCCCCUCCGUGCCUCCACUCCCUCCUUCCCAGGCCCAGACGGUGAAGAGAGGCCCUGGCCCGCGUGCGCUCAGGGGGCCGCCCCGCCCUCCCGCCGCCAGCUGCUGCGCGAGGUCGCCUUCCCACGCGCUCAGCCCUCGUCCCUACUACCCAACCCACUCCACUCUCCCAGGGUCGGGUAGGGCCAACCCGGCAUGCGAGAGAGGAGCGGGGCUCCGCCUGGGUGGAGAGGCCGCCUCUGUGCUCGCCUCAUCCCGCGCGGUCCCAGCCCGCGCAGGCUCUGCGCCCGCGCUGACAAUUCCGCCUGCCUCCCCACCUCCUCCGACCGACCUCGCGCCGACGCAGACCCAAGCCUCAGCAGGGCCCUCAAGACCGUUUCGCCCCAUUUUUCCUUUACCUCUGAGUUUCAUGGCUGCCUAAGGAAUUCGUUUUUGCGUUUGUGGUGUCUAUAAGGCCGAAGUGGCGGCUCACGCAGAGGCCCAGGGAAAACUGUGGUGGCAGGACUGCGCCCUAGGGCAGCCCCAGCACCCCCAAGCCUCCUGAAGUCCCGAUCCUAGGGGUGGACUCAGACCGUGGCGGGUGGCACCCUCACUCCCAGGGGCCUUCUGGCUCUUAGGACUCCGGAAAGGUCCCUUGGGAUUCCGAUAAACGUCCCAGACGACUCUUCUCCCAAGCCUGUCUCCACUCCACAGUGGGACGUGGGAUGCCCUCUAGGGAACGAGUCCCUGAGAACUCGUUUUCAGCUCGGAGCGCCAACAGGUAGUCUUAAUUGUCCUGCAUCCUGCUCUGAGAGCCGCGUAGCUCCUAGUCUGGCAGCCUAAGACGCGCGAAGGCCAAGGACGAGAUCCUUGUCCCCGCCUGUGGUCCCCCAGCACCCUUGUUACUGAACUAGCCUAGACCAUGGAGAGCUGCUCUACCCCCAAGAGCCUGCAGCUCCCAGGUGAACGCGGCGCCCAUCGCCUUCACUCCGAGAGGAAGGCAAAUUUCGAGUUCUCUAGACCUCCUUGCCUGCCUGGUUCCGCCCCCGAGCAGCCCCAAGCGGAGCUGGAGGCUCUGCCCCGCCUCACCGCCGGGCUCAGGUUUCGACCCCGGGAUUAGGUGAACUGAUUGGGGGUUAAUGAGAGCGGCGCGGCGGGCAGCUAGCUCCCUCCCAGGCCCGCGCCUGGACCCCGCGCACUGGCAGUGGCAGCGCACCCUGCACUCUCCGCGUUGUAUAAUCUGUUGUUUCUCCGCGGACUACAGACGCCGGGCAGUUCACAGCCAUCGCGCACAAGUCGGGCUCGACUUCCCCUAGGCAAGGUUUUCGGUCUCCGCCUGACUGGGGCAGAGCAAGAACUCGAAGUAACAGUGGGCUGACGGCGGCUCCAGGCAGCGGAGUGGGGAGCGCGCCGGACCACCAUGCCGCGUUCGUUCCUUGUCAAGAGCAAGAAGGCUCACAGUUACCACCAGCCGCGCUCCCCGGGACCCGACUAUUCCCUCCGCCUGGAGAACGUACUGGCGCCAGGCGGAGCAGACAGCACCUCGAGCGCAGGAGGGGCGAAGACAGAGCCCCGGGGUCGUUUGUCCCCCGACUCACAGAUGACUGAGGCCCCUGACAGAGCCUCCGCAUCUCCGGGCAGCUGUGAGGGCAGCGUCUGCGACCGGAGCUCAGAGUUUGAGGAUUUCUGGAGGCCUCCGUCGCCCUCUGUGUCUCCAGCCUCAGAGAAGUCGGUGUGCCCGUCGCUGGACGAAGCCCAACCCUUCCCCCUGCCCUUCAAGCCAUACUCGUGGAGCGGCCUAGCGGGUUCUGACCUGCGGCACUUGGUGCACAGUUACCGGCCGUGCGCUGCCCUGGAGCGCGGCGCGGGCCUGGGCCUCUUCUGCGAGCGCGCCCCGGAGCCAGGCCACCCCGCGGCGCUCUACGGCCCGGAGCGGGCUGCGGGCGGCGCAGGGGCCGGGGCGCCCGGGGGAGGCAGCGCAGGAGGUGGCGCUGCCGGCGGCGCGGGCCUGGGGCUCUACGGCGACUUCGGGCCCCCGGCGGCAGGGCUGUACGAGCGGCCGACGGCGGCGGCCGGCGGGCUGUACUCUGAGCGCGGCCACGGGCUGCACGCGGACAAGGGCGCCGGCGUCAAGGUGGAGUCGGAGCUGCUGUGCACCCGCUUGCUGCUGGGCGGCGACUCCUACAAGUGCAUCAAGUGCAGCAAGGUGUUCUCCACGCCGCACGGGCUCGAGGUGCACGUGCGCAGGUCCCACAGCGGCACGAGACCCUUUGCGUGCGAGAUGUGCGGCAAGACCUUCGGGCACGCGGUGAGCCUGGAGCAGCACAAAGCCGUGCACUCGCAGGAACGAAGCUUUGACUGUAAGAUCUGUGGCAAGAGCUUCAAGAGGUCAUCUACGCUGUCCACACACUUGCUUAUCCAUUCAGACACCCGGCCCUACCCUUGUCAGUACUGUGGCAAGAGGUUCCACCAAAAGUCAGACAUGAAGAAACACACCUUCAUUCACACUGGUGAGAAGCCCCACAAAUGCCAGGUGUGUGGGAAGGCAUUCAGCCAGAGCUCCAACCUCAUCACCCACAGCCGCAAGCACACAGGCUUCAAACCCUUUGGCUGUGACCUUUGUGGGAAGGGCUUCCAGAGGAAGGUGGACCUCAGGCGGCACCGGGAGACACAGCAUGGGCUCAAAUGAGGGCCCUGGCUGGCUGCAAGCAGCAAGCAAUUACACAACACUACGGAGGGCAGCCUCCCCACUUGCUAUCAUUCACUUCCGACAUUUCAGGCCCUCGGAGCCAGUCCGAAGAUCCCAGCAGGGUGAGCCCCUCCACCUUACUUCCUGGAACUGCAAGAGGGGAUAAAUUACCUUUACAAAGUUCAGCCCAGAGCGGGAACCAAGUAACCUACUGGGCUGUGAACAUGCCGAAUAGGCUCCCCCACACCGGAAGGAAGACUCAAAAGUCAAGAGGGGCUCAGAUAAAAUCCUGGGCUCUGCAGUUCUCAUUCCCAGCCCUGCUCCACAGACAGGAAAACCCUUCAGGUUUCUUCCCUCCUCCUGACCUACCCCAGAUACUUGUGUGGAAGAGGAGGAAUCACCAUUUACAAGGUUGACACGUGCUAAUGUUUUUAUCUAGAAUGAAAAAUGAGUGUUACUUUUUUUUUUCUUUCUGGGGAGUCUGUUAACCCCUUUCUAUUGGGUGCUGCCUGUAAAUCUUGGAAGAAUCAAUUCUCCCACUUGAAGAAUGGUUCAGAAACUGAUUUGGGGAAGGAGUUUCAUAAUUUUGAAAUGACAAAAUACGCUGUCCAGCCUGUUUCAUUUUUUUUUAAUUUUUUUUUUUUUUAACGUUAAUCUAUUCCCGAGACAGAGACAGAGCAUGAACGGGGGAGGGUCAGAGAGAGGGAGACACAGAAUCUGAAACAGGCUCCAGGCUCUGAGCUGUCAACACAGAGCCCGACGCGGGGCUGGAACUCACGGACCACGAAAUCAUGACCUGAGCCAAAGUCGGCUGCCCAACCGACCGAGCCACCCAGGCGUCCCCAGCCUGUUUCAAGAGGGAGCAGAAGAAAAAAAAUCACUUGGUGGUGAGAGGAGAGGAGAGUCCUUCCUGCAGGAGGCUUGUGAAGACUUCAUCAGAGCAGCACCUCUGGACAACAAACCAUCUGUUCACUCAGCAAGUGUUUAUUGACCACAGGCUGCAGGCCUAGGUAUCAGGGAGCCAGAGAUUAAAGGUAUGGUCCUUGCCCCUGCCCUUCAAAAGCUAACAGUUGCACCUCCGAGUGGCUGGGUCUGAUUUUUCCCUCCAAAGGAAUUCGGAGAAGACAAAUAGAAUCUUGAACCUUCUUUUCUGACACAUUUGGAUUUUAUCAAGCAUAAACAAACAAAAAAGGCUGAACAGAUACUUCCAAGAUUUGUGUGUAUAUUCAGUUUUUGAUUGUUACACUGAUAUUUUUAAGAUGUCUAAGCUAGCAGGCAUGUGAAGUGAUCUUCCGUGUGUACUAGAAGGACACAAAGUGGUAUUUUUACGUUGAUGAGGUUUGUAAAUGUUUUUAGAUCUUCUGGAGUGCAUUUUGUUUGUUAAUACAUAUUUAUUAGAGUGAUGUUUUAAGUUAAUAAAGUAUUGAGACUCUUA